CUUCAACUCAUCUCCCUCUCGAUCUAAGUCGGUUUCUAUCGAUCUCGAACAGUUUCAGAAAAUGGCAAAGACAAGAGGAGGAGGUCAAGUUUGUGCUCGUCGUAGUAGGCGUAAUCAAGGCUUGGAGGUAGAAGAUGUUGCUCCUGCAACAACACUAAAGGUUAAUAAGAAGGUGAAUAAGAAGAAAACAACAAAUAAAGUGGCUCGGAGAAGAAGUAGUACUAGAGCCAAGAAAGUGGCUGCUAUAGAUGAUGAGGUAGAAGAUGUUACACCGAAAGUGGCUGCUGUAGAUGAUGAGGUAGAAGAUGUAACACCAGAAGCUGUGGAAGAAGAAAAGGGUAAUGACAAAGAUAUAACACCGGAGGCUGAUCAGACUGAGAAAGCAAUGUGUGAAGAUGAGAAUGAAGGAGAAGGAUGUUUGACUGGACAGGGCCAGGAGGAGGAUGAAGAAGAAGUUGCCAAUAUAGAAGAAGAAGCUUGUUUGACUGGACAGGACCAGCAGGAGUAUCAUCAAGAAGAAGCUGCCACUAUGGAAGUAGCUGCGAAUAAUGAAGAAGUUGCCAAUAUGGAAGAAGAUGGUGUUGGCAAUGGUCAAGAUAAAAAGAAAGAUCUUCAAGUUGUGAAGGUGUUCAAUUUUAAUGCUCCUUUGUGGAGGCCAACUGCUGAUAUUAGUGUAAUUGGUGAAGCAAUUCAUGAAAAAAUCGCAUGGCCAGUCCUAAAGAUUGAUGUCACGGCUACAGCCACUCCAGAACCAACACUAACUAAAUCAGUGAGUCCAGGCAGCAAUAGUUCCACCAAAAGUCCAAAGCAGAAGUGUGUUCUUUUAGACUGCAACAAUUCUGGUCGUAUUGUAGCUGAAGGAACAGUGAUGUCAACAGAUCCAGAAGAUAAGUGCCAUAAUGUGCCCCUCGGUCCAAAUGCAAGCAAGGUCUCUGUAGAUUUGAUUAAGAUUGGUAAUGCAAAGGUCUGGAGGCCAAAUUCAGAGUUUGUAUUCAUUUCUGAUGCAGUAGGUUCAGUUGUACCUUGGCCAACCGAGAAAGUGAAGUUUGUGUGAAACUUAGCCAAUUGUGAUAUUGGUAUUGUAUUGGUAUUGCCGGUUAUGGAUAUUAGAUUGUAUAAUAUUUGUAUUGUGAUAUUAGCAUAUUUGUAUUGUGAUAUUAGCAUAUUGGUAUUGUGAUAUUAGAUUAUGGUAUUGGUACUUUGUGUAAUAUUAUGGUAUAAAUUAAACUCUAAA